AACCUUAGUAAGAAAUAACCUUCACAUGGGAAGAGUCGAAAAUAUCGGAAGGAGCAUACUUGAUUCUGAUCAAUUUAUCUCAAUGCUUUUCAUUUAGUGGAAAUUCUCUUUCUUGACACCUUCAGGCUUACAGAACAAAACCAAAACAAACUUAAAAAAAAAUUGGUUCAGUCCUAUCCUCAUGAGAUCAACCCCACGCGUGAUGGCCGUUUGUAGACGGAACACAUCUAUAAAAACCAAGCUCAUCACAAUACACCCAAGAUAAUAGACAUUCGGGCGGUCUAUCGUCAAGCAAAAACUCAAAAACUCAAAUCAUACGACAGCAUCAUGUCUCGCUUUCUCAAUCCGGCCAAAAUUGGCCUCCUCGCCUUGAUCGAAUUAUACACGAAAAAAGCAGUCCCCACGGACUCGAUUGUGGAUGUGCUGUCCUUCAUAACUUCUCACUUGAUAGACAGUGACGCUCAAGCUUCGUUUUCCACUCCUAAGGGAAGAUGGAAGCGAGCCGAGACGACUGUAAGUCUGGUCAUCUCUAUUGCAGACUUCGAGAAAGUCUUGGCACCACAUACUGCCGCCUCUGGUAUGCCCGGACGGAGUCUGUGGUACGUCUUCCUGGAUAGACUUUGGAAGAUCGAUUCUCUCGACUCCUUACAUGAAUUCUUUGGCCAUUGCUCGGCUCUGUUAGCAAAGACCAGAGAUGAACUCCGUCAUGAUGCCGAGUUGGGAAUUCCAGCUCCGGCUCCCGAAGUCAUAUUGCUCUCCCGCAAUUCACCAUUCGGCGCAUUCGUGCGGAGGUCCCAACUAGAAUUCACAAGAUUACGUUUUCACGACGCGUUCGAAUUAUGGAAAGACUUCGUUAAGUAUCGCCAGGCUACGGCGACCUAUUACCGAAAAAAGACGCCAUCUUUCCAGAGGCUCAGUUUCGACAACGUCCUCUUAACUGGCGAGAAUGACUGGGGUUCAGGAGUGGACGCCAUCGCCUCCGUAACCUACGGGGACAUGCUUAGAGAUGACCCAAACUCGACCUUACCUGUCAGCACUGACGAUAUUGAGAAACUCUUAGAGUUCCAAAUCGAGCAGAUGCAAAAGUACGGCAACAGAGUACCAUUGGAGAUACAACACCAAUUUCACGACCUAUUGAACGAUAGCUUCAUGAUACCGAGUUUAUCUCAUUACCUAAGCUAUUUAGAUGCAUGGAGGGCAGGAGACUACUCCACCUCUUUUGAUUAUUUACAUCGUUAUUUCGACUACACAAUGCAGAAUAGGGACAGAUCUUUCUAUCAGUACGCACUUAUGAACUUAGCAGUACUCCAAGCUGACUUUGGGUGCUACAAGGAAGCAAUUUCAGCAAUGCUGGAAACUGUCUCUACUGCCAGGGAGAAUCGAGACAUGACGUGUCUGAAUUUCGCCCUUAACUGGCUUUUUCACUUUGGCAGGGCACACCCCGAGAUAACCAAGGAACUGGAAUCAAAUAGUAUGUUAGGAACUGGCAAGGAGUCCCUAGCUUUUCUUAGAAGCAGGGCAAAGGAGACAGGUAUGUGGACUUUGUGGAGUUCCACUCUUAUGAGUGAGGCAAAGAUGACCCUCUCAAACGGCGAAAGCGUAGCCACAGCGAUUGAGCACCUUGUCAGAAGCUCUCAAAUUAUAGUCGAAAGGAACAUGAGAAACAUGCUCGGCUCCCAAUUAUCGAUCAACAUAGCAUUAUGGGACAGGCUAGGGAUUGCCUACCUAUCGGUAGCUACCUGCGAAAUAUUUAUUCGGUGUCAUGCUCGUAAUUCAAUAUUCGACGACGAGCUAAAGGUAACGAGUCGUCAAGCUUCAAUGCUAACCCUCAAGGGGAAGUACGACGAGGCACUUGAAAUAUUGGAAGGCAUGGAUGCCAAUUCGCUCCGAGCUUGGAAGCCAAGUCAGUACUGGCACAAAUUCCGUGGGAUAAUAAAAUUGAGAAGAGAUCUCCAUCGAAAUAACCUGGAUGGGGCUGAACUACUGCUUUCACAGCUCCUCCAGUCUAAGAACGAUGACCUGGAACCCGACCUUGCCUUUGUAGUUGACAACCUUCAUAUCGAAUGCCUUGUUCGCAGAGGCAAUCUCGAUCAAGCCUUUUCGAAAGUAGGGAAGAUGAUAUCGGAACUUCGUGAUGAGAACAGGGAUAUUGCGUUACGAAUCCGUCUACUUCUUCUCAAAGCCGAGCUUCUUGACAAGUGCGGUCGACCGCAGAAAGGGUUCACCAUUGCUGUGAGGGCAGCCAAUGUGGCCUGGCGAGCUCGGCUUAUCCCCUAUCUUUGGCCGGCAAUCGGGGCUAUUGCGAACAUCCUAACAUCACUUGGUGAAUUCGAACCAGCCAUCCAGCUCUUGAAUGCAAUCCUACCGCGCACAUUCGAGUGCGAGAAUGCAACAAUGACGGCGAAACUCUACUCGUAUCUUGGCGACGCAAAUAUGGGUAUGGCGGGUAAGAUGCCGCCAAAAUCUAUCAAGAGAAGAGAAUUCAUGACAAAGGCGUUAGAAGCGAUCGAGGAGGCAUUUAAUCACUACUCGAGCGUGGAAGAUAUCGAUAAGCAGUGCGAGAUGAUGGCUAAGAAAGCUACGAUUAUGAAAGUCUCUGGGGACAAUGUACUGGCAAAUGAUUAUGCUGCAGCAUACUUGGCGAUACGCAGAGAUGCUGAGCGAAUGACGAUAUGAAGGAUGGCGAUGACUUAGACUAGGUUAGGUACCUGUUACGGUAUAAUGAUCAACCCGACAUUUCACAUUAUCUUGAUGCAAUUGUAUGUUUUCUAAACGAGGACAAAGCUGAAAAGUAGUCUUUCUGAAGAAGUUAAUUACUAAAACAUGUAGCUUAGGUCAUUGCACCUUUUCUCAUAUGACAAAAUGUCUAACAUGAGGAAGAUAUAUCUC